AUGGCCAUCGUUUACUUCGAGACAAGCUGGGCCAUCUUGAGCACUAUCGGCGUGGCCAACACACUUUUUGGCUUCAUCAUUGCUGGCAUCACGGCCUUUUCGCCCGUAUCACUUAUACCCAUUGUUGUUUCUGUCGCAGGCUCUAUCGCAAAUGGGUUAUGUUAUUACAGCUUCUAUGCAGACUACCCCAUCUUGAAUACGGCGGUUGCGUCUGGUGUUGCGGAUGUCAUGUGGAUGAUUCAAGAAGCAGGCAUUUCAUUCUACAGUUAUGCUAUUCUCACCCGCGUUCUGCGCAGCCGCGACCGUAUCAUUUUCAUGACUCUUUUCUGGAUAGUGAUAGGGGCCAUCUUUGUUCUCAGGAUGAUGAUACUGGUUUCCCGGGUGAAGAUACUCGUGAACGGAGAGUCUGAUCUAAUGCCGACCAUCAACGGUCUCCAUGUUGGCUACUUCUCAUCCUUAGCUGUGCUUGAGUGUCUCAGCGCUUUCUUCCUCCUGCGCAAGUUUGCGGCGGCAAAGUCAAUAUCGCAAGGGGCAUCAAUCGCGCCGACUCUCUUCCAGCAUUUGAUGCGAAGCACAGAGAUCCGCCUUGCCAUCCUGGCAUUAAUCGGAGUCACGAGAGCAGUCACCUACUUUUUCCAGCCCGCAGUUCAGCAAGCCCGGACAGUGGCAGGCCAGAUCGACAGAUUUGUUUACACACUUGAGUGCGAAACUCAAGUCAAGAGCGUCUGCCUUCAGCUGGAGACAAUGGUACACAAGUCGCCUCCGUAUGGAGCGGUGGAAAGAGAGUGA